AUGGUAGAUCUAACGGUUAUACGCCGAAACGAUAAAUUGAUGACACGCCCCAUUGUUAAAUGGUUGUUAUUAGAGAAGGCCAGAUCUCUGAGGCGGGAUAAGUCACCUGGUGGUUUUGCUUUCAUACUUGAUGCCUCAUCUUUUUUCACGGAGAGUCAAUAUGAUCCUAGUAUCUGCGAGGAUGAUAGCCUUGAGGCCAUUUGCAAUGCCAUUGUUUCGUCAAACGAUCCGAGGACCGUUUUCACCAAACUCAUCCUCCAUGGCACUCCAGAUCCUUCCUUCUACAACCUUUGGUUUUACCGCCGACGACAACAUGGCCAGGCUUGGACAAGGCAAGAAAGACCCGAGCUUUUCUAUGGAGCGUUGCAACUCGCUUCCGCAGUGGGAAGCGCCUGUGCUAUUGAAUCACUUAUGAGGAGUGGAGUGAGUUUGGACUACAGACACCGAGUAUUUGGCACUGCCAUUCGUUGUGCUAUUUUAUGCAACAAAGUGAAUUCAGUGAGGGUCCUGAUGAGAAAAGAUAUUGAUACAGUUCCCAUCAUUGAUGGUGAGGCAACGCCUCCUUUGCUCUUCGCAGGCCAAACCAACCGCCCUCGAAUAGCCGAGUUUCUCCUGGGGUUGCCAAAUGCCCCAGUGCACUUCAAAGGGAAGGGGGGGGUGACAAUCCUGUUGUGGGCUGCUCGUCGAGGAUGGACCAGCAUCGUGAGAGAUCUUCUUCGUAGAGAAGAUGUCGAUCCGGAUUCCAAGACCGACUGGAAGGAGACGCCACUCAAGGCGGCCGCCAGAGGGGGCCAUGAGGAAGUAGUCCGCCUAUUUGUUGACCGCCAAGAUAUUGAACCUGAAUUUGGCGAUGGCAAACAAUCACUCGCGUAUUACGCCAUAGACGGAGGCUCGGCGACCAUCACGGCGCUCCUUUUGGACCGCUACAAAAUCGACCCGAACAGACUGGUUGUUCAUAACAAGUCUCCUCUUGCGCGAGCCGCAGAACUGGGCCACACGUCCUUGGUUCGAAUGCUUUUAGAUCGCGAGGACGUCGAUAUAAAUUACUCUCAUGGUACACUUCAAUCACCGCCAAUUGUUUGGGCUGCGAUAGCCAACCAGAUCGAAACUGCGAAGCUGCUUCUUGAGCGCAAGGAUCUGAAUCUUAAUCUUGAGAGGUACGGAUCUACUGUUCUCAGGAAGCUGGUAACUAGGAACUAUGUGGAGAUGGCCAGGCUGCUCCUUGAUCGUAGAGAUCUUUCGCUCCAUGUAUUUCAACAGGCCUUACGAGUGGUUGCUCGUUCCGGAAGUACGGAGAUGCUGUCGAUGUUUCUCCUGCAUGAGAGAAUGAGAAAGAACCACAGAGAACAUAUGAAAUAUACGCUGCAGGAGGCGGUCCUAGCAGGCCGUGAUGGGGUGCUUCGAGGGGUGGUGAAGAGAAUAACUCUUGAAUCUGAAUGGGUAGAAUAUUUAAAGAGGAGCUGGCGCAUUCAAGCACUUGAGGACCGACUGAGCUUUUCUGAGCAGCGCUUUUUGCGGUAG